AUGGUCCACCACGAUCACGAACACGAAUACUCUGUCGACACCAUCCGCCGGUCGGCAACAGGCAAACCCGACGAUGUCCUCAAGAAGAUCCUCGUCGCCAACCGUGGUGAAAUCGCCAUCCGCGUCUUCCGUUCCGCCCACGAGCUCGCCAUGAAGACCGUUGCCCUGUUCUCUUAUGAGGACCGUCUCUCUAUGCACCGUUACAAGGCUGAUGAGGGAUACCAGAUCGGCGAUCCAUCAAAGUUCACCCCCGUCGGCGCAUACCUGGCCCAGGACGAGAUCAUCCGCAUCGCCAAAGCCCACGACGUCUCCAUGAUCCACCCCGGUUACGGUUUCCUGUCCGAGAACGCUGAGUUUGCCAAAAAGUGCGCCGACAAUGGCAUUGCCUUCGUCGGACCUGAUGCCCAUGUGAUCGAAGCCCUUGGUGACAAGACCAAAGCUCGUACCAUCGCUAUUGCGGCCGGUGUUCCAGUUGUGCCCGGUACCCCUGGACCCAUCAAGUCUGUCGCCGAGGCCGAGGCCUUUGUCAAACAAUACGGCUUCCCAGUUAUUAUCAAGGCAGCUAUGGGAGGUGGUGGACGCGGUAUGCGUGUGGUCCGAAGCCAGGGAGAGUUCGCAGAGGGAUUCGAGCGUGCUACCUCCGAGGCCAAGCAGGCAUUCGGUGACGGCACCGUCUUCAUUGAGCGUUUCUUGGACAAGCCCCGUCACAUUGAGGUCCAGCUGUUGGCUGAUAGCGCCGGAAACGUCAUUCAUCUCUUCGAGCGUGAUUGCUCUGUCCAACGUCGUCACCAAAAGGUUGUCGAGAUUGCCCCUGCAAAGUCCCUUACCCCCUCUGUCAGAGAUGCUAUUCUCAACGAUGCCAUUAAGCUGGCCAAGCAUGUCGGAUACAAGAACGCAGGAACCGCAGAAUUCUUGGUUGACCAGCAGGACCGCCACUACUUUAUCGAGAUUAACCCCCGUAUUCAGGUCGAACACACCAUCACCGAGGAGAUCACUGGUAUUGACAUUGUUGCUGCUCAGAUUCAGAUUGCUGCUGGAAUUCUCUUGCCCGAGCUCGGAUUGACCCAGGAAAAGAUUCAGAUUCGCGGCUUCGCUAUCCAGUGCCGUGUCACCACAGAGGAUCCCUCCCAGGGCUUCCAACCAGACACAGGCAGAAUUGAGGUUUAUCGAUCGGCUGGUGGAAACGGUAUUCGUCUGGACGGAAGUCAGGGAUUUGUCGGUGCUGUCAUUACUCCUCACUACGACUCCUUGCUGGUCAAGGUUACUUGCUCUGGCGCUACCUAUGAACUUGCCAGACGCAAGGUUGUCCGUGCCCUGGUUGAGUUCCGUAUCCGCGGUGUCAAGACCAACAUUCCCUUUGUGCAGCGUCUUGUGACCCACGACACUUUUAUUCAGGGCAAGUGCUGGACCACCUUUAUCGAUGACACCCCUAGUCUCUUCAACCUCGUCAAACAGCUCAACCGUGCCCAAAAGAUGCUCGCCUACCUGGGAGACGUCGCCGUCAACGGCCCUAACAUCGCCGGUCUCAUUGGCGAGCCAUUGUUGAAGAAGGAGUUGUUGAUUCCCAACUUAUCGAGCAAGGAGGAUACCACCCAGGUGCUGGAUGUGACUACUCCUCCUACUACAGGAUGGCGCAAGAUCUUCUUGGAGAAGGGCCCUGAGGCAUUCGCCAAGGCUGUGCGUGACUACAAGGGAGUUCUCAUCAUGGAUACCACCUGGAGAGAUGCCCACCAGAGUUUGCUCGCCACUCGUGUCCGUACCAUCGAUCUGUUGAACAUUGCGCCGACAACUGCUUUUGCUUUGCAGAACGCCUUUGCGUUGGAGAUGUGGGGAGGUGCCACCUUCGAUGUCGCGUUGCGCUUCUUGCACGAGGACCCCUGGGACCGUCUGAUCCAGCUCCGCAAGCUUGUCCCCAACAUUCCCUUCCAGAUGUUGUUCCGUGGCGCCAACGCCGUCGGAUACACGUCUUACCCCGACAACGUCAUUUACGACUUCUGCGCCAAGGCUGUCCAGUCCGGCAUGGAUAUCUUCCGUAUCUUUGACAGUUUGAACUACAUCGAGAACAUGCGUCUCGGAAUCCGUGCCGUCAAGGCUGCGGGUGGUAUUGUUGAGGCCGCUGUCUGCUAUACUGGAGAUGUCUCGGACCCCAAGCGCACCAAGCACAACCUGGAGUACUACGUCAACUUUGUCCAGGAGCUCGUUGACGAGGGCAUCCACGUUCUGGCGAUCAAGGAUAUGGCUGGUCUCUUGAAGCCCGCAGCUGCCACCAUCCUCGUCGGCGCUAUCCGCAAGCGCUUCCCUAACCUCCCCAUUCAUAUGCACACCCACGACACUGCCGGUACUGGAGUUGCCUCGAUGUUGGCUGCCGCUGCUGCUGGUGCCGAUGUUGUUGAUCUGGCUAUCGAUGUCAUGUCCGGAAUCACCUCGCAGCCCUCGAUGGGAGCAGUCGUCGCUGCAUUGGAGCACACGGAGCUCGGCACUGGUAUCCGUCAGGAGGAUGUGAUUGCCCUUAACAGCUACUGGGAGCAGGCUCGUCUCUUGUACUCUGGAUUUGAGGCUAACGUCCGUGCCGCUGAUUCGGGAGUCUACCAGCACGAGAUGCCCGGUGGUCAGUACACCAAUUUGAUGUUCCAGGCCCAGCAGCUCGGACUCGGUACUCAGUGGAACGAGAUCAAGAAGGCAUACAUCGACGCCAACGCCCUCUGUGGAGAUAUCGUCAAGGUCACCCCUUCGUCCAAGGUUGUUGGAGAUCUGGCCCAGUUUAUGGUCUCGAGCUCGUUGAGCCGUGAGGAUGUGUUGGAGAAGGCAGCCUCGUUGAACUUCCCUACUAGUGUUGUAGAGUUCUUCCAGGGAUACCUCGGACAGCCCUAUGGAGGAUUCCCCGAACCUCUCCGGACGGCGAUCAUCCGUAACUUGCCUCGUAUUGAGGGCCGCCCCGGUGUUGACAUGGGCGACUUUGACCUGGUGGGAUUGAAGCUUGCAUUGACGAAGAAGUACGGCAAGUCGAUCCGCGAUGUCGAUGUCUCGUCGGCCGCCAUCUACCCCAAGGUCUUUGAGGAGUACCGCCAGAAGGUCGAGGCCUAUGGUGAUCUCUCUGUCUUGCCUACUCGGUACUUCUUGAGCAAGCUCGAGUUGAACGAGGAGGUGAACGUCCAGAUCGAGAAGGGCAAGACCCUGAUCAUCAAGUUGCUCGCCGUGGGACCCAUCAACGCCUCGGGCAAGCGUGAUGUCUUCUUCGAGUUGAACGGAGAGGGUCGUAGCGUCAGCAUCCAGGACAAGAACGCCGCUGUCGAGCACACGGCUCGUGAGCGGGCUGACCCCAGCAAGAGUGGCGAGAUUGGUGCACCCAUGUCGGGAGUCGUUGUCGAGAUCCGUGUCAAGGAGGGUACGAUUGUGAAGGAGGGCGAUCCUAUUUGUAUUUUGUCGGCCAUGAAGAUGGAGACAGUUGUGUCAGCGCCUGUUUCGGGCAAGGUCGAGUACGUGGCUAUUAAGGAGAACGAUUCGCUUUCUAACGGCGAUCUCGUUGUUCGUAUUGUCCACGAGUAA